CCGUCGACGCUCACCGACGCAAUCAAUACUUUCAGUUGUGUGAAUCAUGCAAGGAAAACACUGCUCGUUUUGAGAUUUUCCAUAUUUUCUCGUGCAUCGAGCGAUUGUUCGGCUUCGUCGCGCGAAUUUGUAAUUGUCGUUACCAAAUGUUCGGACGAUCGAAGUGAGCGAAACAAUUAUCGAAAAUUGGGCGUUCGAAGAACGAAGUGUUUACAAAUAUUCACCCCUGCUUUUCUAUUCAACAAAUUGUAUGUAUUUGGUUGGAAUAAUCGAUUGAAGGAAGAACUUUCGGUAUGACUUCGCAAUUGAUGGUGAAAAUCAAUGUUGCUCCUUUUGCUCAGGUUAAUAAGACAAAAUCUAGUGUCAACGGAGAACUGUUGACAAUAAGUCGAUCCCAAGAUGGAACACCAAGGUUUAUCGAACGAUCAACAGAGAAUGUACGGAUAGCCCAGUUGGAGCAGAAUAUUAAAUUUCUGCAGGAUCAACACCAAGGAAUGCUUCUUGAUCUCCAGGAUGAAAUAGAAGCUUUGAGGAUUAAAAACCGAGAUUUGCAGUUUCAACUUAUUUUCAACAAGACUACACCGUCGUCACCCCAAGCAUCGCCAUCAACUUCAUCCUCUGAUGAUGAGCACAAGAUCGUGUCGAGUCCAAACCAACCAACGUUCACAUCAUCUCUUCAUGUCGAAUUGUUAGAGAAGUCCAUAGGUGACAUGAAAAUUCAACUACUAGAAAACGAAAACCGCAAUGUUUACCUUUCAGCGAUUGUGGAUGAACAAAAAAAAAAACUGGAAAAGUACGAACGAGACCGCGAAAGAGAAAGAGAACGCGCAGUCCAGGCAGAACCCGAACUCAGGAGGAAGGUAGAAGAAGCCGACGCCAUAAUAAGACAUCUGCAGCAAGAAAUAAGCACCCUCCGUCGCGACGGCAACACCUCCGUCUCACCCUCGCACUACCACCAACGCGACAACUACAACCCUCAGCGGGGGGAGCCCCUCCACCACAACAGGGAAGCGCACGGUCACAACAGAGACCACGCGGAGCACAGGGAGAGGAACGGCUCCUUCCAGAAGAACGGCAGGGGAAACAGGAGGAACAACUACAGGGGCAACUGGUUCCCGCCCCUCCACUCGCAGAACUACUGGCAGGGAGGGGGCGGCAGGGGGGGCCAGCAGGACAAGAGGAACAAUUCUGAAAAUGCACUGCCAAACAUGAACACCGGACAGCAGCAACAGCAACAGCACCAGGAUAGACGCAGCGGCAACAACAACCACCACCAUCACAACGGGGACGGGGUAAGGCAUCGAGGCAGUCAGAAUAAGGGUAUGGACGCGUCGUAGACAGCGUGAUAAGAGGAUGUGAAGUGUUCUGCUUUGAACGCGUCGAUCCGUUUUUUAGAGGUUCUCGCUAUGGGGAGAUAGAGGUGGAAGUUUCGGUUUGAAAGAAUUCUUAUCUUGGUUCAACAUCAACAGCAUCGUGUCAGAGAUCAAUGGUGGUGAAAUGAUUCUUGAAAAAUACACCUUAGGCUAGUGACUUCAAAAGUGAUCCUUCCGGGAGUCAAUUCCUUCAAUUUGGCUUUAUCCGAUUCUUAAUAUUUAGUCCUCAUGAUUUCUCCACAAACCUUAUCCUAGUUCGUUCUCCCUAAUCUCCUCAGCUACUCUUUCCCUCCAACUUUUCCGAGGUCUUCCUCUGUUCCUACGACCUUGUGUUCUCCAUUUCAGGAUUGUUUUUGGGAUUCUGAUAUUUUCAUAUAUUCUGCACAUGUCCAUACCAAAUGAGUUGUUCCGAUCAUCAGCGAUGUUGGAUUCAGUAUCCAUUAUCUCUCAUGGUCUCAUUCUUGAUUGUUUCGGUUCUUGACUUUUCCGCUGAUCAGAGAUCUUCUCCAGAAGUCUAUCUCCGUUGCUAGCUGCAUUUUAUUCGUCUUUAUUUUCAUGAGCCAUAUAUAAUCGUAGAUUCUAUUCUUAUGUUCUUUAAUAAUACCUAGCUAUGUCCCAUAAAAUACUGUCCAGCAUCGUUAUCAAUUCAAUUAAUUGUACUUCACGGUAGAUUGG